CGCGUGAGUAAGUUGAACGUCGCCAACUCUGAGUGGCUGUUAUGCCUGUGGACGGCGCGAUCUUUCAUUGGCUAAUCGCACCAUACCCGGAAGUUUUGCUAAACGACAUCCACUGGAAAAUUCAAACUCAUGAACGGUGCUGCGACGGACGACGAUUUUACGCCCGUUUUCAACUCUCCGCUGUCUUGCACUCAAACCGAACUGCUCGACCUGUUGGAAGACGCCACGGAGCAACUGAUGCUUUUGAACGACUUCCACGCCACCUUUGACUCCUGCGGCAGAGGCCUAGAGAUCCUCGCCCACGCAGAGGCGGAGGACGCGAGUGGUGAGCUCAAGGCUGGCUUUUGCAUCGUGGGGAUUCAAGCUUUGGCCGAGCUCAAUCAGUGGCCCGGUGUCCUCGGAUGGGUCCUUCAGCAUUAUCACCAUCAAGAGGAUAUACCAGCUAAAAUAAUGCAAAUGUGCAUUCUCCUUUACUCGAAAGUGGGCGAGCCGGCAGCGAUGGAAGAGGCUUCCCGGGCGUGGCUGCGCAGCCCGUCGAAUUGCCGAACGGACGGUUAUCGAACGGUGGCUGAGCUGUAUCUGCUGCAGGUCCUCGUGCCACUCGGACACACGGAUCAGGCCAGAGAACUGUUGGUCGGCGAGGCGUGGCGCGCGGCGUUCACGGACGAACAACGACGGACGGCGCUGGAUAUCAUCGAAGAACACGAGCGCGGGGAAAACGGGCCAAGUGCCGAUGCGGAUUGUGGAUUGAAUACCGAUAAUGCCUCGACGCAAGAUUCCCUUCUCCAUCAAUUGGAGACCCUGUUGAGGCUUUCCUACAGGAGGUUGACGUCUUCCUUUUCCGGAUUCUUCCCGUUCCAUAAACUCUUCUUGGCUGCUCUCAUUUUCUACUUGCUUUUAGUUCGCCUGGAUCCAGGGCUUCCGUCUUCCUUCCCGUGGAUUUCCAAACUUCACCAGCUGCUCCGACAAAUGUGGAACGCGGCGGCGGCUCCGCAUCGCCCAGCUCGGAAAGAGUGAACGUGGACUCUCUCGUGAUUUGAUUUUGUUUUUCUCCCCCCCCCCCCCCCACCCCUCGUCAUUCCACACUGGCUGGCAGCGAAACUCUUCCGAUAUCAAAGGGAUAUUAAAGUGGAUGCUGAUGUGUUAUGUGUAAUGGGAUGAUUUCAUUCGAAACAAAAUAAGCAAAAAACGAGCACAUGAGCCUCAUUUCAAUUCUAUUCAACUCUUUGAUCCACAUUCUUCAUCACACGCUCAAGCAAUUCAAAGCCUGCCAGCUUGGUGUUUUUCCCUUCUCCUGUGAAAGUUUUCACACUUCUGCAGAUCCGCAGAAUAGAGGAAGGUGGGACGACAGAAAGGAAAAGGUGAGCACCGUUGCAUUCCCUCUUUCACGUAUGAAUUCGGUCGUUAGUUAGUGGCCACCCCAAAAAAUAAAGAUGAUGAAUUUUGC